ACAAGCUGGUCAUCCACCUUUCCCCUGUGUCCUUGUGCUUUCUGACCAGUGGUUCAGUAGCAGAACUGCUCACAUACAGCAAGGAUUUUCUCUUGUCUCCUCGUUCUUAAAGGAUCACUGAAGCACAGGCUCUGGAGCAGGGAUGUAUCUGCUUUCAUUGUUGCUUCUCAGCCUCUUGGGCUCAGCAUACCUCCAGCCACAGCAUGCUGACAUAUGCCUGGCAAAACCUAAAGAUAUACCUCUGACUCCCAUGUGUGUCUACCGGAAACCUCUGGAGGUGGUUGAAACCGAGGAAAAGGAGAAAGAACCUACAACGCAAGAACAGAAGGUUCCUGAGUCCACUAACCCUCGUGUAUAUGAACUCUCCCAGGCCAAUGCUAAAUUUGCAAUUGCUUUCUAUAAAAAUCUCGCUGACUCCAAGCGUGACAAAGAAAAUAUCUUUAUGUCACCCCUGAGCAUCUCUCAAGCCUUUACAAUGGCAAAACUGGGUGCCUGCAAUAACACACUGAAGCAACUUAUGGAGGUAUUCCACUUUGACACAGUUUCAGAGCGGGCUUCUGAUCAAAUACACUACUUCUUUGCAAAGCUCAACUGCCGCCUCUUCAGAAAAGCAAACAAGUCAUCCGAACUGGUAUCUGUCAAUCGCCUUUUUGGUGAGAAGUCUCUGACCUUUAAUGAAACCUAUCAAGAUAUCAGUGAGAUAGUGUAUGGGGCUAAAUUGUGGCCCUUAAACUUUAGGGAUAAGCCUGAACUAUCCCGUGAAAUAAUUAAUAAUUGGGUAUCCAAUAAAACAGAGAAGCGAAUAACUGAUGUGAUCCCUAAGGACGCCAUCACUCCUGACACAGUAUUGGUGCUGAUAAAUGCCAUCUACUUCAAGGGACUUUGGAAAUCCAAGUUUAAUUCAGAAAAUACGAAAAUGGACCAAUUCCACCCAGCUGAAAAUUCCAACUGCUUGACUGCAACCAUGUAUCAAGAGGGUACAUUCCGUUAUGGUUCCUUUAAAGAUGAUGGAGUUCAGGUCCUUGAGCUGCCUUAUAAAGGUGAUGACAUUACAAUGGUGCUGGUGCUACCUUCGCAAGAGACUCCGCUAACAACAGUGGAGCAGAACCUGACACUGGAAAAGCUUGGGAAUUGGCUCCAGAAGUCUCGAGAAUUACAGUUAUCUGUUUAUCUCCCUCGAUUCCGGGUGGAAGAUUCCUUCAGUGUUAAGGAGAAAUUACAGGAAAUGGGAUUGGUAGACCUGUUUGAUCCAAACUCAGCAAAGCUUCCAGGAAUCAUUGCAGGAGGAAGGACAGACUUGUAUGUGUCCGAUGCUUUCCAUAAGGCAUUUUUAGAGGUCAACGAGGAGGGUAGUGAGGCAGCCGCAUCCACUGCCGUGAUUUUGACAGGACGUUCUUUGAACCUGAACCGGAUCAUAUUCAGAGCCAAUAGGCCCUUCCUGGUCUUUAUCCGAGAAGUUGCUAUAAAUGCUAUUUUGUUCAUGGGGAGAGUAGCUAACCCCUGCACUGAAUAGCACCAAGCAAGCUGACAUACCCAAGUGAUGAAGCCUCUUUGGGAUGGAAACCAACAGUACUCAAACACACGUCCUAAACUAUUUGAAUGUAGUGUUUGUAAUUUGUUCCCACCCUAUGUCCAUCUAAUACUGAAUAUCAAAAGUAUUUUGUUACACUUUCUGAUAAUGUUGAUUAUAGCUGCUUUUUCUGGGAAGGUCAAUGCCGAUGCCAGCCGUAUACAAAAUGGUGUAAGCAUAGACAUCACUGUAGAAAAAAAAUAAACCAACAUGACAGUCUGACAUAUGACUGUGGAAUUUACUUUUUGAGACAGUAAAGCUGGUCACAUGUUUCCUCACGCCAAUCUUCAACAGAGUUGUAUAAUAAUCGUUAUGUAAAUGGGCAGGACUGGAGUUCUGGGGGCCCACUGGGAACCAUAGAUUGCAGGCCUAUUCUCCAAACUAUUUUUUCAUUCUUCUCUUAAAGGGAUCGCUCAACUUUUGAGUUCACUUUUAGUAUGAUGUAGAGAGUGAUAUUCUGAGGCAAUUUGCAAUUUCAUUUCAUUUAUUAUUUGUGUUUUUUUUUAUCUAUCAGCUCUCCAGUUUGCAACAUUAGCAAUCUAGUUGUUAGUGUCCAAAUUACCUUAGCAACCAUGCAUUGAUUUGAAUACCUAGUCUGGGAUAUGAAUUGUCGAGGACCUGAAUAGAAUGAUGUGUAAUAAUAAGUAGCAAUAGCAAUGCGUUUGUAGCUUUUGGAUGGGGUCAGUGACCCCCCCCCCCUUUUAAUUUAUGAAAGAUUCAGAGGAAAAAGACAAAUAAUAAAAGAAACUAUAAAAAA